ACAGUAGUCUUACUGUCGAGUGCCGGUACGGGUGUAUCGUUGUAAUAUAAAAAUCGAAUUAUGCAACGAAUUUAGUUUAUUUAUAAAAGCUUUUUCAGGCGUAGUUUUUGGUGCAUUUAUUAUUUUGGUUUUCAACAAACAUGUCACCGCUGUUGUGUUUACGAACGGGUCUCGUACAUGGAUUUAGAAGAUGUAAAUGCAGUUUUUUACCACCGGUUUCGUUAAGCAAAUUUCCGGAACAUUUACCACGCAGAAGAUAUUCCUCUAGAGAAUUAUUAAACGAAGCAUACUGUCAAACAAAGCUUAAAUUUAAAUCAAAAAAAUUACCUAAGGAUGUAAAUACUAGAGGCGUAUUUGCUUGCAAUGAACUGGACCUUUCUGAAGUUAAAGUGUAUGGGUUUGAUUACGAUUAUACUCUGGCCCACUACAAACCUUCUAUGGAACACUUAUUAUACAACCUCGGAAGACAAAUUCUACUGGAAAAGUUUAAUUAUCCAGCAGAAAUAGCAAAAUUAGAAUAUAUUCCAAACUUUGCUGUAAGAGGUUUGCAUUAUGAUAUUGAGAAAGGCCUCCUUUUGAAAUUGGACUCUUUUUUACAAAUACAGUUAGGGUCUGUUUACCGAGGUUUGACACCAGUGUCCACUGAGGAAGUGUUUGAUUUAUACAAGAACAGAGUUAUACCCAUAGGCUAUGUGGAAGGUGAUAGGCGUAAAUCUGCAUAUACGUCAAGCAAAGCUAAGAUGGUACAUUUGGCCGACCUGUUUUCUGUUCCUGAAAUGGGUUUACUUUGUAAUGUAGCCGACUAUUUCAUAAAGAAUAAUAUUGACUAUCAUCCAGCUAUUUUAUUUCUAGAUGUUAAGAACGCAGUGCGAAGUGGUCAUCCGAUUAUGCAUAAGAUUGUAGCUAAGAAUGUGAACGAGUACAUAAGGCCAAAUAAAUAUUUGAAAGUUUACUUCGAUAUACUAAAGAACAACAAAAAGAAGCUUUUCCUCGUAACUAAUAGCCCAUUCCAUUUCGUGAAUGCCGGGAUGGAAAUGUUGAUUGGUAAUACUUGGCGGGAAUAUUUCGACGUAGUCAUUGUUAAUGCUAACAAACCGAGUUUCUUCACCGAGGUGACACGCCCUAUCAGGGUAUUCGACAAAAACGCCAACACACAUGUUUGGGAUAAAGUUACGGCGUUGGAAAAAGGCAUUAUUUAUUACGAGGGCACAGUGCGGCAGCUGCAGGAGCUGACGGGCUGGUACGGACACAAAGUGCUGUACUUCGGCGACCACCCCUACAGCGACCUCGCCGAUGUCACGCUGCAGCAUGGCUGGCGCACUGGGGCCAUCAUCAACGAGCUUACACACGAAAUAGCCACACUGAACACUCAGCCGUUUAAGGAGAAUGCCAACUGGCUGCAGAUGCUAACGGUGCUAAUAGAAGAGAACCAGGACUAUAAGGAUCCUGAGAGUGUCGCAGUCUUGGAAGAGUGGAUGAAGGAGAGGGACUUCCUCAGAAACGAAAUAAAGACGGUGUUCAACCCACAAUUCGGCAGCGUGUUCCGCACGUACCACAACCCCACGUACUUCUCGCGGCGCCUGUUCCGCUUCGCCGACGUGUACACGUCCGACAUCACCAACCUCGUGCACCACUCGCUCACGCACACCUUCUACCCGCGCCGCGGCGUCAUGCCGCACGAGUAUGGUUCGUAUUUCGUUUGAGUCCACCUCGACAGUCGUUGUAGCUGAGUAAUCGAUUAGUGUUAAGGAUAAGUGUAUAUUAAACUAGAGUAACUAGUAGAUACGAGUAGUUAGUGUCGUAAAUAGUUGUCUUCCCACUACUGAGCCAAACAUUCUUACAGAUGUAUGGAACGCAUUUGUUAAAGGACUAUGAGAUUGUUCUUCUUGAAACAAGCCUAUCAAUACUUAUUAUUCAAACAAGGAACAAUACAAUAUAAGAUAAAGCAAAGUUCUAA